CUUAACCCCUUCACGCCGGCCGCACGCAAAUGUGCGGCCUCCCAGCGUCUGGGCCUAGACACCCAGAGCGGCCGCACAUUUGCGUUCUAUUAAAAAAGGACAUAUGUGCCGAGAGUGGGCGCCCUGCAUGCUCCCAGCACACAUGUCCGGUACUCACAGAAAGGUCCUGAUCUCCUCUUUUGAUCGGGACCUUUACCGAUAAUGUGACUGCCAUGAUGGCGCGUCACAGCGGUCACAUGACCCUAAACCCCGCCCCACCUCCUGGCUUCUGGAACUCUUAAAGGGCCGGGAGGUGCUGGUGUGAAGGGGUUAA